AUGGGCGUCACAAAGACCGUCAUUGAGGAGGGCACCGGGGCUCAGCCUUCUCCCGGUCAGUCUGUUACUAUCGAAUACACUGGCUGGCUCAAGGAUACCUCCAAGCCAAAUAACAAGGGCACUCAAUUCGACUCUUCGGUUGGCCGGGGUGACUUCGUCACCAAGAUUGGCGUUGGCCAGGUUAUCAAGGGUUGGGAUGAGGGUGUUCCCCAGAUGAAGGUUGGCGAAAAAGCAACGCUCGAUAUCACUAGCGACUUUGGCUACGGAGCCAGGGGCUUCACCGGCCACAUCCCCCCCAAUGCUGACUUAAUCUUCGAUGUUCAUCUGAAGAAGAUCCAGUAA